GAUGAGCGCCGCUGCCAAGGCCGGACCCUCUCGUGGUCCUGACGCCUGGCGUCCGACUAAAUAUCUCGAGCCCCUCCAUCCCGACAAUGAGGAGGUGCUCGAGCAGGCGGCGUACCAAGCCGCGGUCACCCGACUGGGAGGGGACAAUCGUGGAACGAGGAGGUACAAGCCUCGAAGGACGGUGGACUUUCAAGGCGGGGUGAUCAAGUGGCGUCAGCUCGCGAAGAUGAAAGGGUUACCGGACUACCUCCCUACGAUACAUCCAAAUCCAUCAGAUCUGAUCGGGCUCCUGCCGCCGGCCGCACAUCGGCUCAAUCCGUCCACAUCUAUCUGCGACUACUUUGUCCACACCUCAAUCAACAAGGAACGUUCGCCGACCCGGGUCGUCAGCUGGACGCCGGACGCUCGAAGGUUGUUAACGGGUAACGACAAGGGACAGUUCACCUUGUGGAAUGGGGCUUCGUUCAACUACGAGAGCAUCACGCAGGUAAGCGAGCGGUACUACUUGACAAAAUGCCUCGCUGAUAUACCGCUCUCUCUGCUAUUUUACCUCUCCAACUUCUUCUACUUCGUCUACUUCAUCUACUUGUUCUACAUCAUCAUCAUCUACUUGUUCUACAUCAUCUACUUGUUCUACAUCAUCUACUUGUUCUACAUCAUCUACUUGUUCUACAUCAUCAACUUCUUCCACUUAUUCCUCCACUUCCUUCUCACCCACCUUACUUCCGACAAGACCGGAAUGAUCAAGUACUUCACCCCCCAUCUCACCAACGUGCACGGGUUCCAAGGACACCGGGAGGCGUGCCACGGCGUCAGCUGGAGUCCGAAUGACGAGCGGUUCGUGAGCUGCGGAGAUGAUGGGUUGGUGAAGAUUUGGGACUACAGGGAGGGGAAGGAGGAGAAGGCUUUGGCUGGCCACGGAUGGGACGUCCGCUCAGUUGACUGGCACCCCUCGAAAGGUCUCGUUGUCAGUGGGAGUAAGGACAUGCUGGUCAAAUUCUGGGAUCCUCGCACUGGCAAGGAUUUGAGCACACUGCACUCGCACAAGUCCACGAUCAAUGCGUGCAGCUGGAAUCCCGAUGGACACCUCGUCGCUACGGCUGGAGGCGAUGGCACGGUCCGCCUCUUUGACAUUCGCACGUUUAGGGAGCUCGAGGCGUUGAAGGGGCACACAAAGGAGGUCAACUGUCUCGAGUGGCAUCCGAUUCACCAUUCUCUGCUCGUGUCAGGCGAUGCCGCCGGCUCGAUCAUCUAUUGGUCACUACUCGCCUCCGAUUCCUCCAAGCCCGUCACCAACCUCGAGUACGCGCACGAGGACGCCGUCUUCUCCCUGUCGUUCCAUCCUCUCGGCCACAUCCUCUGCUCAGGCUCCAAGGACUUCACCGCGCGUUUCUGGUCCCGAGCGAGGCCGGUGGGAGGGCAGGAGAUCGACCGGUGGCAUAUUGGGGAAGAAAAAGCGAUGGGAGCGAAAAUGGAGGCUGAGAUGGGUGGCAAACGCAGGAUGGGACCCGUGGAUGAGGAAGGUCCAGGAGCUGGUUUGCCAGGAUUGGCUGGAUUACCUGGUUUGGCGGUCAAGGAUGAGAGGAAGAGCGAGACCCCCAGCAGGACGACUUCGCCCAAUGGUACCGGCUCGCAGGGAUUCGGUGGACUGCCAGGAUUGGGAGGAUCCUCCUUCCAGCAGCAAGGACCGCCGCCUCCCGUGAGGUCCUGGGGUGCCGAUGGAGAGGCGAUCGGAAGACCGGGCGGACCCCUUCCAAGUCAGGAUGAAAUGCUUAGGAGGAACGCGGGGAGGCAGGACGAUGACAGGCGAAGACAAGGAUACGGUGGUGGCGGCGGUGGUGGCGGCCAGGGGUAUGGAGACGGUCGAGGGCAAACUGGAGGAGGGUACGAGGGGAGAGGCGGCGUCGUCAAGGAUAUGGAGGCAAUCGAGAUGGCUUCGGAGGGGACAGAGGGUAUGGUCGAGACGGAGGGCAGGGACAAGGGCAAGGGUACGGGGAUCGCGACGGAAGAGGAGGGUAUAGUCAACAGCAGGGAUAUCCGGCAGGACAGGGAGCACCAGGAGCACCAGGUGGAGGGGGAUACGGGCCCGGAUCGGGAUAUCCCAGUCAGCAACAAGGAUACAGGCAAGGACCGGGUCAAGGGCAGCAGGGUGGUCAGUACGGAGGAGGGGCGGGGUCAGGAUACAACGCACAAGGCGGGUACGGUGCGGGCGGCGGCGGCGGUGGUGGUGGUGGUGGAUGGA